AUGCACCCCUUCUCCGUCCUGACUCUCGGGAUCUUUGUCGCCGGCUACAUCACCGCCCGCUGGGACUUGGUGACUCGGCUCUAUGAGCUGGCCAUCUUUGCCUGGGACUACGGAGUUGUUACUCGUGCCGCAAAGGGCUUCGCCGUGCUCUCUCUCCUCUUCCUCUUGGUCUUUAUUCCGGUAGAGCGGCUCGCGACAAGGGAAGCCAGCUUGCAUCCCCGGUCGUCUGCGUCCGGCAUCUCGGCACGAGAACAACUUCGACGGCGCGGUUCCUUCUAG